GAUUCGCAGGCUCGUACGCCCACCUUUCGACCACAACUCGCAGCGCAUGUCAAUAGACGAUGGACGAUUUUGUAAAAAACCUCAUUGAGGAGGUGAAAUCGCAGGGCGUUUUCGACGAAUUUCGUUUCAACUGUUGUCUAGCCGAUGUGGACACCAAGCCCGCAUAUCAGAACGUACGCAAUCGGGUGGAGACGGCAGUGAACGACUUUCUGGCCAAACAACGCUGGACGCCAGACACAAACAAGGUCCAAUUGCGGGAAAGACUGCGCAAGCAUUUGCUUGACUCCGAUGUCCUGGAAAAGGGAGUGGAUCAGAUCGUGGACCAAGUGGUUAAUCCGAAGGUUGCCACCAUAUUUGAGCCAAAGAUCGAAAGCAUUGCUUACAAGUAUCUAGGCAUCACACCGCCGCCUCCACCUACCAUUGCCCCGCCACCAAGGCCGACGCUGCUGCCAGCGCCGCCGUUGCCGCCAUAUGCUGGCCACAUGAACGGCAGCAGCCUGCUGAAUGUGGAGACCACCUCUGCCAGUCUACUGCCCACAGAUCUGGAACAAAUCAGCCCCGACUCUGACCGCGGCACAGUGCAAUCCGAUGGGAAGGACGACAGCAAAGAUGAUGACCUGCCGCCGGGUGUGGAUGAUAGGAACUAUGAUGACGACACUUCGCCAUCAUUUGAGCCUCUGAGCGAAGACAAGCCAACUGCAAACAAGGAGGAUCUGAACAAUGGCUCCUUGAACACCUUGGACUCGGUGAAUGGUGCAUCGCAGGCCUCGCAACUGUCGCAGGUAUCCAGUGAUAGUCGCCUCACCAUUGCCUCUUUCUCAGAGUCGGUUGUGGAUGGGCAGCAGCCAACGCCCACCAGCAAUAGCGUCGAACUAACCCCAAACAUGGCCGCUAACAUAUCAGAGGAGGCGCAGAUGCCAAAGUUUAACGAGAAUUCCAAUGAUGCUGCCAGUGGCAGGGACCACUGCAGUCGGCCCUUGCACUUUGACAUCAAGCAAGACGCCAUUACAUUCGAGGGCACCGAACGCAGGAAUUCCGUGUCGGAGAACACGAACGGUGCCUCCCAAGCUUUAUCCAUUGAGGACGCCAUUAUGUCCGAGUUGAAAGCCAAUAUUGAGGAUGCCAGUAACAUCUCCAUCGAACCUCUGUCUGUGCCUGCGUUGGAACCUCGGGAGCAGCCAGCUAUACCCAAAAUUGAGGCUUUUUCAAUGCCCCAACCACCUCAGACGCCACCACCACCACCACCGCCAGCUCCUGAAACGCCACCGCCGGCACCAGAGACGCCACCUCCGGCACCCGAGGCUCCUCCACCUGAGCCUGAGGCGCCUCCACCUGAACCGAAGACCGCAACACCUGAACUGGAGGCCCCUCCACCUGAACCUGAAGCAACUCCACUUGAGCCUGUAACACUCCAAUCUGCAUCUGAGGCGCCAACAUCUCCUCCAGAGAACGCUGCACCUGAGCCUGAGACACCUACACCACCACCGGCACCUGAGAACAGCAUUGGAUCAUUCUCAGAAGCGGUUGCCCAAGAUACCACUCCCAAGAUAGAUAAAAUCCCACAGGCUGAGUCGAAUGGAUCGGAAAUCGAGAGACAAGAAUCGCCACUGUCACUUGCCGCUGCCACGCAUGAAGUAGAAGAAGUGAAAGAAGAUGUGGCCGCGAAGCUGCCGCCCCCGGAUGAUGUUGAAACCACCAAAGAUGACGCCACAAAGACGCAGACUUCCGCAUCAUCACAAUCGAAGAGCAGCUCAAAAGAUAAGGACAAGGAGAGGGAUAGACGUCACCAUUCGAGCAAUUCGGAUGAUAAGCAGCGACGCAAAAGCCGAGAGCUGAAGGAUCGCGAUGCUGAUCGCAAUCGCCAUAAAUCGCAGAGUAAACAUUCCUCUAGCUCCAGCUCGAAGCACUCAUCCUCGCACUCUCACUCAAGCUCCAAGCACAAGAGCAGCAGCAGCAGCAGCUCCCAGAAGGACAAGAGCUCUUCUUCAACCUCGUCGAGUAGGGCUCAUCGCGAAUCAUCGUCGUCGAAGCGUUCAGCUUCCACAUCCUCGUCACGCCACGACACCUCGUCCUCACACAAGAAACACAAGUCAAGCUCAUCCUCGUCCCGCUCAGACCGGGACAAAGAAAAAAGCAAAGACGGCCAGAGCCAGAGCCAGAGCCAUCGCAGCCAUCAAAGCGGUAGCAGCAGCGGCUCCUCAUCAAAGAAGAGAGAUCACGAGCGUGGUCGUGACCGUGAUCGGAACAAAUCCACAUCUUCCACAAACUCCACGAGUGCAGCGCCCCCAGUCGUGCAGGAUGAUCACGGCGAAAUCAAGGCAAAGCUACAGAAGCGCCGCAGCUCGGACUCUAACGAUGAGGGCAAGCCGCCAUUCAGCUCUGGCGCCACGCCCCUACCCGAUCCUGGUGCGGCUAACGAAAAAACUGAUGCGCCUGUCCAGUACGGCAACAACUCGAAUGGCAACACAAAUGGCGGUAGCAAUGGUGCUACCGAUAGCGCUGUCAUUUUGAGCAUGUGCAGCAGCGUAGUCAAUGUCAGUGAUAUUCUACAGCAAUCGACCACCAGUUUCAUUGAAUUGUGUGCCCCCGCUUCUGGCUCUCAGCCAAAGAAGGACGCGGAUCAAGUCGAAAAAGAACCAGAAGAUGUGACACGGCCUGAGCCAAUGGAAACCGAGUUGACGCCAGCAGAGCCUGCCAAAGAAGAGGAACAGCAGCUGGAUAUAGAGCUGGCAAAGGACUCGCCUGUCGAUGAAGUGUGUAAAGAGGCCGAUGAGAUUUCAAUUGAUUUAAAACAAAUGGAGGAGCCGGCCACAGACUCGGAGGGUUCCCAGAUAGCUGAAAAGGUAUCAGAGGCGGCAACGGCCACCAGCUUGGAGAACCAGCCCGACUCUUUGGCUGAAAAGCAGCCGAUUUCAGCAGAUUCUAGCAAGCAAAAUAACGAAACUGAAACAGAAACUGAGGCUGGGGAUAUCAUACACUUUGAGCAGAACACCGAGGAGUUUAAGGCACGCCUGGAGCUCAUCAAUCGACUGAUCGAAGAGCGGGAUACUUUGUUGAACGACUUAAGUAAUGAGAUGCCCAAGCAGUUGGUGGAUGUGCGUGAUUUAAGGCGCACGAAAUCAAAGCGUAGGUUGGACGGCGGCGGCGAGAGGCAGGAAAAGAUGCGCGAGACGACACCGCCGCAGCACAUAACCGCGAGUAGCAGCAGCUCGUCUUCAGGCAGUCCCGUGAAAAGGUUGCGUCGCAACGAACCGAAGGCCUCACCCACGCCCUCCGACGGCAGCAUCAAUUCCAAGGAGAACGAAGCAAUAGAGAAGCAGGAGUCUGACGAAGGAGUGUCCGCCAAGCGACUCAGCCAGAAGCUCUGCCAGCAGCAGCGAUACACCAACGAUGAUCUCUACAAGCCCCGUCCAGUUCUGUCGCAGCGCUCGCGCCGACGUGGCUUGGAUUCAAUCCUCUAGCUUAAAAAAACAAAUCAAAAUGUUGUGGGAAACAAAAUAAAAAGUAAUAAUGCAAUUGUUGUUGAAUGCAUUUGACAGAAAAACAA